UUUGAGGUUAUUAUUGUUAUGAUGUAUAAUAAUAAUAAUAAUGGUUAUUCAUGAAUAAAUACUAAAUAGAUACAUUGGCAUAUCCUUUGAGAUAAUUCAAAUUUUUUGGGAAUAUGGAUUUACCUCUCUUAGUAGCUUUAGCGUCAGUAAUAUUUGUCCUCAUUAUAGGCUUGACAAUAUAUUUAAAGAAAAAUAAAGUUGCUGAAGUACCACCAAGGGCUAGACCUGGACCACAAAGGGUUAGAGAUGGGGCUCCUAGAAGGGCCCAGAUGGCUCGAAACAGAGGUGUUAGAUUGAGAGCCAAUGUGGCACAAGAAGAUAUUCAGGAAUCAGAAGAUGAAAACGAAGCCAAUGACGAAAUUGAGCUGCCUGAUAGUAAGGUAGGGGCCAAAAAACGAGCCAAAUUAGAAGCAAAAGCUGAAAAAAAAGCUGCCAGGGAAGCAGAGGGACUUUUACGUGCGGAGAAAAAAAGAAAAGCAGAAUUAGCUGAAGAUGAAAGAAAAAAAGCUGAAGAGAGGGAGAAAGCUGAAGAAAAAAGAAUUGAAGAGGAGCAGAAAAGAGCUAAAGAAGAAGAGGAAAGGCGUGAACAUGAGGAAUAUCUGAAAAUGAAAGAAGCUUUCUCUGUGGAGGAAGAAGGAUGUGAAGAAGGAGAUGCAGGAGAUAUGCAAAACCUGCUUCAAGAAUUUGUUAACUUUAUCAAAUCAAACAAAGUGGUCGUCAUUGAAGAUUUGGCUGCACAUUUUAAAUUAAAAACUCAGGCAGCUAUUGAUAGAAUAAAAGAUCUUCAAAAAGAUGAUAUUUUGACAGGAGUCAUAGAUGAUAGAGGAAAAUUUAUAUAUGUAUCUAUGCAAGAAAUGGAGACAGUUGCCAAAUUUAUAAGGCAGAGAGGACGAGUUUCCAUUGCUGAUUUAGCUGAGAACAGUAAUAAAUUGAUAAAUUUAAAUCCCACAGCAGUUGAAUGAAAAUUAUUUUAAAUAAAUUGUAAAUAUUUUUUUAUUCUGUCUGAAUAAAAUUAGUGCCUAUGGGUGAGACGUUUCUAAACA